UUAUACAUAGUGUAUAGUUAUACUGCAUUAUCUCAGUGAAUUGUACACAGUCUAGAUCUAUGUAUAGGUGCUGUGUUUGGUCUAAAGAAGUGCAUCCAUUAAAGUACACACACAAGUGUAGACAAACUCAUUUGGCACUGCUCAAUCAAUGUUUAUUGAAACUAGAAUUAACACUUAAAAACUUUUGCACCUGCCCAGCCGCUAGUAAACAGGCUCAAGCAUCUUUGUCUCUGAAUUCAAUCAAAGGAAGUCUAGGGAGAUGUUACUGAGUAAAGUCCUAGUCUUGCUCCUUCUCUGCUUGAUGAAAUUAGUAACGAUCACCAACAGCUGCUGCUCUAACUUCAAAAGUCUUGGAUCUCUUGGUGUUGGUGAAGAUGAGACGUUUAGUGGCUACCAAAUUUUGUAUCCUCCUUUUAAUUUCACUUGCAACAACAGCCAAAUCAUUAAAUUCAUAUUUAGUGGUGAAAUCAAUGGAGUUACAUUUUCAAAUAAUCAAGGAAGAAUAUCAAAGAUACAGCUGUGGCAAAGAAAUAGCUUUACUGACUAUACAAUCAUAAAGAGUUGGGAUCUAAAUCAAAAUGAUGUUACUCAAAGAAAUGACAAUUUGCUGGAGCUAGAUCUCAUAGAUUCUGAAGGGAAUGGUCCAGCAGUUAAUGCAGAUACUGUAAUUGGGAUAUUCUUACCUUCACGUAGGCGAAAACAAGUAGAUUUAUUUUUCACCAGGUCAUUAAGUUAUUCAGACCAUUUCUACUACAAAUCAGCUUCUUUCAAUCCUUCGUCUUCUCUCAACAUCGCUCAAAUGACAAUAGGAGAUGAAACUUAUCCAAAAAUGACUGUUGAACUAUCUAAUACACUUUGUUCAACUACUACAGACGCCUCAAUUAUCAUCACAACAAUGAUAUUAACUAAUACGAUUGUUAAAUCUACACUGCCAAAUAGACCUACUACUACAGUAGUAACAAGAUCUAGUAUGACAUCUACAAUGAAUCAUUCGCCUAAUAGAUCAACAAGAUCAAGUUUAACUACAGCAGUAUCACAUAAUGCUGUCACGUCUAGUGCUAAAAUAUUUAGCACUGUCCCAGCCUGUGUAACUACAAUUACUGUGUUUAGUAAAACACAAUCUAUUAUUGUUAGUUUAACAUCAAAAUCUGUCCCGUCAUCAAGUGCCAUCAUUAUACAAAUUACAUCAUCAGACCAAACGAAAAGAUCAAGUCAAGCAGAGUCACCAACUGUAGGUCCAUCAAACAGCAGACACAUGUCAAAUGAACCACAAACAUCUAGUCAGGAUCCUUCAUCAAUAAGUGUAACAUCAAAUACACCACCACCAAUAAUAAGCACACUAGUAGUGGGUACUACUGAUGCAGUAACUACUGGUACAAGCAAUCCCAUUGAAGGAAUUGGUCUUUCUGGUUACAUCAUUGCUACAGUGGUUAGCAGUGCAGGGUUUUUAGUCGUGUGUUUGAUACUCUUUGGUAUUGCUUUUUAUGCUGUCUGUUUAAGAAAACAAAGAAGUUCCAAUCCAGUUCCUACAGAGCAAUCCUUAAGCUUUAGUCGGAGACCACAGAGCCAAACCUCAAUGUAUAGCAACAAUGUAUAUCUCAUGAACAAGCUAAAGAAAAAGGAGUUCAUUCCAACAGCUAACAAUUCCUCACCAAGCCACCAUCAUUAUGAUACUCCUAACUUCACUCAAUCAAAGGAAUCAGAAGAAUCAGAGAACAGAUACAGCACUCUUAAUCGGCUCAGUCAGUUCAAUCGUAACCCAGCAUACUCAAUAGCAUCAAACUGUACAUUGAAUAAUGAUAAUGAUGACAACAGCCAUGAUUAUGAAGAAGUGUAAUAAUUUGACCACAUAAUGAAAAUAACUUGUUCUUAAUUAAUUAUCAUAGUCUAUUGCAGGAUUAUGUGCAAACAUACAUCCAGUAUAAUUACAUAUAGGUUGCACCUCAUGUCAAUAUAUGUCCAUUAAUACAUUUUUGAAGUAUCAUUAGUAACUUUAAAUGGUGAAUUGUGACAGGUUACAGUUGUCUGCCAAAGCUAUAGAAGUGAGGGCACAAACAUCAUUAAAUUUUGCUAGGAUGAAAAGAUUUCCUUAUAUGAUGCAUCCUUUGUGGAUAGUGGGUCUGAUUAGUUGAUGAUAGUCUUGCCAACAACUCAUGCUAAACAGAUUAGUACCAGACAACACUAAAGGGCAAUAAUGGCCCAUGGCUUUAUAUAUAAUGAGCUUCUGGUAAACAGCUCCCAAUAGCCUAAACUCCAUGCCAAGCUUUAUAUUCUUCGUGAUGAAAGAAGGUGUACUUUUGAUACUGAUUCUAUCAUGCAUCAUUAAAUGCAGCAACUGCUGUUUCCGGAACUUUCCAAAACUCAGUGAAGUACAAUCUGCUACUAACACUAUUGACACUAGUUCAAAUGACAUCAGCAGGCAGUAUAUAUUCCCAGAGCUACGGAUGACGUGUGACACUAAAAUAUAUCACAUAGUCUACAAAGGAGAUCCAUUCAACUCUCUAUCAUUACAUAAUCCACUGAUACAACUGUACAGAAAAUCUUCAUCACGAUAUAUUCCAAAACACCAUAUAGAAUCUUAUGAACUGCGAUCAGUGAAUGAGGGAGAUGGAAGCACAACAAUAUUAACUUUACGACAUUCAAUAGAGCUGGAUGAUGAUGAUGGGGUAUACACACUAGGAGUCUUCCUGCCAAGUGGUUCCAGUUUCCACUUUGAAAGGAAACCCAACGCAACACCAGCAUAUUAUGUUGAAACUGAUCAAAGGUAUAGCACUCUAUCAAUACAAAGAAUGACACGUCAAGAGAGUCUUCUUCCAUUGAUAACAAUGAUAACAGAUUCAGGCAGUUUACCAACUAUUAGCUCAAAAUCAACUUCUACCAGUAGCUAUAUAUCUAUGACAAGAAGCUCUUCACUACUAACAGUUACAGCUAAUCAAUUGUCUAGUACAGCAAGUACUGCAGUCAAUACACCAAUGACAACAGGAUCAGGUCAGCCUGAAGGAUCAGCUUGGAUGUAUCGUGUAAUAAUAAUACCAAUAGUGAGUGUGUUGAUCAUUGGUUUAGUGACAGGAUUCAUUGUUGUCACUUGUGUACUAACAUACAAGCUAAACAAAGCAAAGGCUAUCAACCAGUUGGCAUCACGCGACACAUUCAAAUCAUCCUCAAAUACAUUCAACUCAGGUUUCUCUGUAAGAUACGAUAAAACAAAGCAUCAACGCCAGCAGCAGCACAACUCAAUGAUAAUAAAUGAAAGUUAUGAAAGAACUACUGCCAGCCCUCAUGCAUACUCCAUUUUAAAUGUAGUAAAAAAAGAUUUGGAAAGCAGCAACAGCACUACAUGCAGUGACAUUGAUACCGAACAACACUGUCAAACGAAUCCCUCUUACGUUCCAUCUAAUCCUCUACCAGCUUGUAGCCUUGUAUAUGAAGGGAGAAUCCCAACCUGUCAUCAAUAUGAAGACCCAAAUCUGUUCCUAUCCCCUAACAACUAUGAGUGCCCACAAGCAAUGAGCAGUAUUGAAAUACCAAACUAUAAAGAAGAGACCAUCAUCUGAAGAAUGUAUCUCAUAGAACACACACACACACAUACACAUGUAUAGUGGCAUUGUAAAAGUUUCACGCAAUUUUUCUAAUUUAGAAAUUAAUCGUUUUAAAAUGUA